AUGUUUGAUCUUUACAAACAAGCCCAUGACAUUGCUGGAGGCUUAGUCACAUCUGUUGCAGCCGCUGUUUCUCAUGGUGAAACGGCUGCCACUGACGAAUUACCCACAUAUAUAGCUACAGAAAAUGCUUUUCAUCAACAUUUGAUGUCUAUUGAUUCAGUGGAAGAAGAAACUGAGCUUCAGAGUUAUAUUUCUAGAAAAUGUUUAACUUUCAAUGAAAAAGAUAAAGAAAAGUUUGACAUUCUUUGUUGGUGGAAACAUAAUGUUGGUCAAUACCCGGUUCUGUCCCAAAUAGUUAGAGAUAUCAUGCCUACACCAGUUUCAACUAUGGCUUCUGAGAGUGCAUUUAGCACGGGUGGAAGGGUUUUAGAGGUAUACAAAAGCUCUCUCAAAUCAGAAAUGGUCGAAGCUUUAAUUUGUACUCAGAACUGGUUGAGACCUACCUUUUACCAAUUCAAAAGCAUGGAAUUUAACGAGGAUUAUGAGAUAUUUGAAGAUGCUUUACUAGGAUUUACUGAAACUUCAGUCGGAAGUGAAGCACUAUCUUCUUCUCAUACUCAGUCACAGAUUUCGGUCUGUACCUGA